CCAUAUUUUACGUCUCCGCGCCUCAGGGGCGGAGCCUCCUUAGUGUCUUUGAUUCGUGUAGUGACGUAUCAAUCCACAUGGCGAGCAGGUACCAGAGCAUGAUGAGCCGUUUUCUGAAUGUGUUGCGCAGCUGGCUGGUCAUGGUGUCCAUCAUCGCGAUGGGAAACACACUGCAGAACUUUCGUGAUCACAGCUUCCUCUCCGAGAAGCUGUACACGGGCAAACCCAGCCUUGUGAAUGGUCUCCAAGCUCGGACCUUUGGCAUCUGGACUCUGCUCUCAUCAGUGAUUCGCUGCUCCUGUGCCAUUGACAUCCACAACAAGACGUUUCUCCAUCCUGGGCAUGUUAAUUGGGCUGCAAUACCUGGACAUGGAUGCAGUGUCACGAAACAAGAAGAAAAACUGAAGCCAAUGGUUGCACAUAGGUUAGAAUCACCUGCCUGCGGACUCCACAUCUUUCCUGCCAUCUUACCUCCCUGGUCCCCUCUCUGCUUCUCUAGCCCCUGGCCUCCUGCCGUCAGAUCAUAGUUUGACUUCUCAUUAAGGACUCUUCAUUAGCAAUUGAUUUCAACUGUACAGGCAGUGUUUUAAUGGUGACCAGUGAUAAAAGCCCAGCCCCAAGCCUGCAGGGGCUGUCCCACUGUAGGCAUUGCCUGAGACAUCCUCAGCUCCCAGGCUGGCAAGAGGACCACUUCCCAGCCAUGCCCAGCACAGUUCUGCCCCCGCCACAGGGCAUCAGCAGGGAGGAGGAGUAGAGCCACCCAUGAUCUGCUGGAGAUCCCUGGAGGAGGAGACACCAAGUCCAGCCCCUGGUGCCGCGGUGUUUUGUUGUGUGUCUAUGUUCAUGGGGCAGUUUGUAAUAAACAGUAGAAAACUG